CGCUGGGCGGGAAUGUAAGAUGGCGGAGUAGCAACGCGGAGCUGUUAGUAUCACGUCUCCGGCCGGCUUCGCUUCCAGUCUCCGCAGCGUCAGUGACCGCUGAGCGAUCAACGCGGAGGAGAGCUGUCCAAGAUGCCGAAUAUUAAAAUCUUUAGCGGUAGCUCCCACCAAGACUUGUCGCAGAAAAUUGCUGACCGAUUGGGCCUGGAGCUGGGCAAGGUGGUGACUAAGAAAUUCAGCAACCAGGAGACCUGUGUGGAAAUUGGUGAAAGUGUACGUGGAGAAGAUGUCUACAUUGUUCAGAGUGGUUGUGGUGAAAUAAAUGACAAUUUAAUGGAACUUUUGAUCAUGAUUAAUGCCUGCAAGAUUGCUUCAGCCAGCCGGGUUACUGCAGUCAUCCCAUGCUUCCCAUAUGCCAGACAGGAUAAGAAGGAUAAGAGUCGUGCUCCAAUCUCAGCCAAGCUUGUUGCAAAUAUGCUGUCUGUAGCAGGUGCAGAUCAUAUUAUCACCAUGGACCUACAUGCUUCUCAAAUUCAGGGCUUUUUUGAUAUCCCAGUGGACAAUUUAUAUGCAGAGCCAGCUGUCUUAAAGUGGAUUAGGGAGAAUAUCUCUGAAUGGAGGAAUUGCACUAUUGUCUCACCUGAUGCUGGUGGAGCCAAGAGAGUGACCUCCAUUGCAGACCGGUUGAAUGUGGACUUUGCCUUGAUUCACAAGGAACGGAAGAAGGCCAAUGAAGUGGACCGUAUGGUGCUAGUGGGAGACGUGAAGGAUCGGGUGGCUAUCCUUGUGGAUGACAUGGCCGACACUUGUGGUACAAUCUGCCAUGCUGCUGACAAACUUCUCUCAGCUGGAGCUACCAGAGUUUAUGCUAUCUUGACUCAUGGCAUCUUUUCUGGCCCCGCCAUUUCUCGCAUCAACAAUGCAUGCUUUGAAGCAGUAGUAGUCACUAAUACCAUACCUCAGGAGGAUAAGAUGAAGCAUUGCUCCAAAAUACAGGUGAUCGACAUCUCCAUGAUCCUUGCAGAAGCCAUCAGGAGAACUCACAACGGGGAAUCUGUUUCCUACCUGUUUAGCCAUGUUCCUUUAUAAUAGAGUAACUUAUAAAGCUUUUUAAAAAAAUAAGUCAACCCCGCCCCUUGUUUUUUUUUCCCCCUUGGUAUUUGAUGACAGUUUCAUCAGAAGCCCAGCUUGCUCCAGUGUAGUAUUUGUUUUAUAUAUAUAUCCCAUACACAUAUCGGGUAUAAUAGAACUGAUUCUGUAUUGGAGAAUGAAAUUUACUGCUGGGACUUCCUAUGUGUAUUCAGGUUUCCUUGGUUAUUUAAUGAGCCUUGCAGCUUCAACUAGAGUUCAACUGCUGCAAGAUGUGCAUAUUUUUUGAGAGUGUUCUGUUAGUCGCUUUGAGUGUGUUUGGCAUAGAACAACUAGCAACAAAGCUAAUGUGUGACAAGUUCGCUAAGGUCUGUGCUACACUACAGCAAGAGCCCUGGGCAACCUCAGAGUCCCAAUAGUUGAGCGCCCUGUAAAGCUGCGGCAGGUAGCUCGCUCAGUGCAGCUAUUGUUUAUUGGGAGGAAGAAGCCUGGCUCACCAUCAUCUGCUUGACUAUGUAGCUUGGAUUUUUUUUUUGUACCUAUUCCUUUCUGUUUGGCUUUAUCUUCAGCCAUCUAGACAUUUUCCUGGCCAAGUAUCUUCUCUGGCCCAAAUGCCCAUUGUACUGUAGUCUUCUAUGAGGCCGACUAUUUCCUGCUAUGUAACUGCUAGUAUUUCAUAUUAGAUACCUGCUGUAGUAUAAUCUUCCUUAGCCUACUACCACUGUAGUAGCAGGUUUUAGGUGGUGUCAUAGUGCCUUUUGAUUAAUUUAAGUAUUUAAAUUUCAUCUUCCUUGGAUCCGUAUUGUGUCUCAAACUAAGUUUUCUGUUAAAGUUUGAUGUCAUACUCUCUUGUAGAAUGUACUUAAUAAAGUGUUAUGUGUGCAACAUA